CACCACCAUGAUACUGUGGAAGAUCAAACCACUGAUAUUUCACUCCCCGGGGCUCAUGAUAGUUACACUAAUAGUAAUAAAACUCUCACUAGUAACUGUAAAAAUAAUUCACAGAAUAUUUCUGCAAAGAAUAAUUCUACAGCAUCUCAUCGUGAAAGGGGUCCCAGUUAUAAUCAUGAAGGCCUCCAAAAUCCAAGAUACAUAAACUAUACUCCACUACAAGUGCGAAUAAGUUCAUAUGAAGGGUGGCCAGGAUAUUUAAACCAAACACCACGUGAGAUGGCUUUAGCUGGAUUUCUGUUCGCUGGUUACAAUGACUAUACAAGAUGUUUCCAUUGUGGUGGAGGACUGAGAAACUGGGAAGCAGGUGAUGAUCCAUGGGUUGAACAUGCCCGCUGGUUCCCGCAAUGUGGCUUCCUGAAGCAAAACAAGGGAGAGAAAUUUAUACAAGCUGUAUUGAAAAAGCAUAAUAUGGACCCAAAAAAUAACGGAAACAGCAGUUACAGUCAUAAACAGUCACAAGAGUAUCGAACUGUAACUUCAGAUCAAAAUACAACCACGGCUUCCACUUCCGGUUUGCAGCAGAAUUAUAUGUACCAAUCAAGUGUUAAUGUCCAGGAACAAGCUAAUAAUCUUAACUCUGAGGAACGAAGUGACAUAAUUACCCCCUUGGGUAUACAAACAGUUAUAUCUAAUAGUAAUAAUAGUACCAUUACAGCUUCUGGUGUAAAUAUCAGUUCUAGAUCUGUUUCUACUACAAAUAUAAUACAUAAUCAACAAGGGAUAUUGCAGACUGUUGCAGCUAGAACUGUUAUAGAGAUGGGAUUCAGCGGACAACAAGUUGUCGAUGCUGUGAAUGAAAUUGAGAGACUCAACUCAGGUGAAGGAGGCACAAAUAUAUCAGCAGUAGACAUCAUGAAUGUUCUCCUCAGAGAAGACCAUCAGCAGUCUAGACAAGUUUUGAAUGUACCAGAAACAACAGAAGGAAUGAUUGGUGCUUCUUUCGAUGACACUCAUUUGAUUUUAGAAGAAAAUAGACAGCUACAAGAACAAAGACAGUGUAAAGUUUGUAAGGAGUUUGACUCUACUGUCGCUUUCUUACCAUGCGGACAUAUCAUCUGUUGUACAGAUUGUGCCCCGGCAAUGCGUAAAUGUCCCGUAUGUAAAACGUAUGUUAAAGGUACUGUAAAGACGUUCCUAGCAUGAGGCGAAAUGGAGGAUUUUUACGAUUAAUGCGAUCGUUAGUUUGAAAACGCACCAAAAGUUUAAUUAGGCGAUAUAUUUGCACAAUGGACUUGAACAGACAUUUGCAUCCCUUUGUACGUACACAUUAGUCAUCGCUUCCAUCCGAGAAUAUCAAACGGAUGAAAAUUUCAAAGAUGAAAUGAACAACAAGUAAAAAGUCAUUAAAUGAUCGCAUUAUAGUAAUUUUAUACGAUUUCUGUUGAUAAAGAUUUUCACUGAGAAAAAAAUCACAGUUGACUACGGUCUACUUCGAGGAAAGGCUUGUUUUGUUUUAAAAACGACGAAAGUAGCUAAGGCAAGAUAGUGAUUUAAUCCCGCCGUCGUCCAUGACUGGUUUUUGUGAUUGUAUUUUACUAGACAUUGCUUGUUUGUUUUCUCUACACAUUUUGUUUUCAAUUUAAAAUGAUUCGUUCGUUACAAUUAAUUAUGUAAGAGGUAAAUAUCUGAAUCGAAGCGAGUCAAACAAAAUAUAUAUGGCCUAGAUUAAUAUGUUUGAAUUGAUAUUGGCGUGCCUUUAAUGCAAAAUUUCAUCGUAUUGCUCUACUGUGUUGUCAUAAUCCUGAUAGUUAGUGCUUUUGUACUGGCCUGUUAUUACUUUAAUAUUGAAAUUUAUAAACUUUAUGGGAAAAAAAAGCAUGUAAUUUUCGUUAAAUUCUUAAGCUCGCUUAUGCACGACUAUUUUAUGCUAAUUUUGGUCUCAUUUUGGAUUCAUUUUCUUUUUAAUGCUUGUCGAUAUUUGUUAUUUGCUUUUUUUUCAUUAUUUGGUUCCAAGCAUUAACUUCUUUGGUACAUUCUACUAAUGUCUUAAUGACCACAAAACAAACGUAAAUACAGGAUUUUGAUUGAAUCAACUAAGAUAUUUACUCCAGUCAGACACGUAAAAGUGUUAUAUAUAUACUAUUUGUUCGAAUACAUAGACACAUUAACUUAGAUGUAAUAAAACAUAUUUCACAGUGUUUUAUUACA